AAGAAAGAAAUGAGGGUGCCCCAGAGAACGGGGCCCAAAAUCUCCGAUUUUGUCAUUUCUCCCUUUUCUUACUUUCAUUUCCCUCUGAUCUCCUUCUAGGGUUUUUGAUAUAGCAGCCAUGGCUGCUGCAUCUUUCAAUGGAGCGAUCACCCUUUCUUCUUCUUCUUCUUCAUCUUAUCAUUCUAUGAUCAGUAACAGUAAAUCAAAAUCUCCAAACUUCAACAACUUCUUGAUGAUCAACCCAUCACCUAAUGUUUCAUCUCCAAAUAUUCAUCCACUAGUGAUGAAGGGUUCAAGAAGAGACACUCCCAAUUCAGUUUCAUCUUCCAAACCAUGGGUGAAUCAAAACACUGGAAAACCCGAUCCAGUCUAUCGCAAUCGAUUGGUUAACAUGAUGGUUAAUCGGAUUCUCAAAAACGGGAAAAAAUCAUUAGCGUAUCACAUCAUAUACCGAGCACUGAAAAAGAUUCAACAAAAGACUGAUACAAAUCCGUUGAUUGUUUUGCGUGAUGCGAUACAAGGAGUAACUCCUGAUGUAACGGUGAAAUCAAGACGUGUAGGCGGAUCGACUCAUCAGGUUCCUAUUGAGGUUGGGUAUGCACAAGGGAAGGCACUUGCUAUUCGUUGGUUGUUGAGAGCUUCCAGAAAACGGCCGGGGAAAAGUAUGGAUGUUAAGUUGAGCCGUGAAUUGAUGGAUGCUGCAAAUGGGAGUGGCGAUGCUGUGCGAAAAAAGGAAGAGACUCAUAAAAUGGCCGAGGCAAAUCGAGCUUUUGCGCAUUUUCGGUGAUCCAUGAGUACAUGAUAAAAAGAUGAGUCUACUUGUUUCUCGCUUAAUGUUGUUUCAGUUCAUGUUUUCAUAUUAGAUUAGCUGGUGUGACUAUGUAGAUUAACGCUUAUAUUCGAACAACUUUGAUGUUUUUGCAAUGCAUUGUCAGUUCAUAACCACAAUUUUAUGGUUUGUGUCAAACUCAAAACAGUGAAACAGGAACAGCAUUAUGGUAAUUGUGAUUUUAUUAAGUUUGAUG